UUUUUUUGGGUGGCAGUUUUACCAAAAGGAAUUAAAAAAUGACUGAAAUUACUGCCUUGUCUACCCACAAAGCCAUUAUGUGACUAUAAAACUGAUAAAUUCUUUGAACUGCUUGUACCAUAGUUUUAUAGCUUGAGCUUGACAACAAUUGCCAUUGAAUGCUGUCCUAAGAGCUGCAUUAACAUAUUGACAAAAAGAGUGGAGUACGUGAUGAAUUAUUAUUAUUAUUAUUAUUUUUAUUUUUUUUGAGGGGAGUAUUCCAUGUUUCACUGGGUUUUUACCAUUUUAAGUAACUUAUAUGCUACAUUAUACCCAGAACAGGGAGAAACUUCUGAAACUGUUAGUAGGGGUUGAUUAAUAAUAGCCCACAAAAUAGAAAGUAAGGUAGACUUAAAGUAGAAAUCACUGUAAGGCCUGCUGAUAGGAAUAAUGACAUAUUAAUCUGAUUAAACAGUCAUCUGCAAAUAGAGCAAGAUCAUCUUUUUUGCUGGCAGCCAACUUAAAGAUAUAGAGCCAGGCUGUUUGUUUGUGUUAUUUUUAAAUUCUAAUUGUGACUGUAAACAUGUCCUUGCCUUCACGUUUUGCAGGUCGUGCCAUUUUUAUACCCUAUUCAGUGUGUACUAGAAAUUACUGUUGGUUUCCCUGCUGUGUGGCAACAGGAGCUGGGGGUGGGGGAAUUUAUCUGGGGAGGCUUGGUUCAAAUGUGAUGUGUGAAAACAAGCUGAGGUUACAGAUUUUAUUGCUAAAUUGGCUGAGAAUUGUAGGGGUGUGACUCCAGAUCACACCCACUCUGCUUCCAAUUCAGUCAUCUGAGCUAUGAGACGACAAUCUCUUAAUAUAGUCUAUUGGGGGGUGUAUAUAGGGUACACAGAGCCCUGACUUCAGACUAACUUCUAAACUACUAUCUAGGAAGGUGCUCUACAUGAAGAGACAAACCAUCAACCAGACAGACUGAGAAGCUGCAGUCAUCAAGACCGGCACCUUGGACAAGAAGAAAUUCUGAAAACCUCUGAGUGUGCGGAAACUUUUAAGCCGAAAUUAAGAAUUAGAGCAGAAUCUUUGGAACAAGAACAUUAAAGAAUGAAAUACUACCAGUGUCCAGUCACCCAGACCAUACGUUAUGAGGGGUGCAAUCCAAAUGCCACUAGACCAGUGUCAUGCUUUCAUUCACAGUCUUCUUUCAAACCUGUUCGCAAUGUUCACUUUCCCAAUGACAUAGUCUUUCAAGAUUUUGUCCGUCAAGUAGAGCUGGAAAGAAUUGGACGCUUCAUUAGAACCAGAAGAGUGAGUCUAGACACCAUCUACCAUUCAGGCAUGGCAGCAAUUCAUGAAGCAGUCCUAUCUGGAAACCUGGAGUGUGUGAAGCUUCUGGUAAAAUUUGGGGCUGACAUCACCCAGAGGGAUGAAGAUGGAUGGACUCCCCUCCAUAUGGCCUGUAGCGAUGGCUUUCCAGAAAUAGCGAAGUACUUGCUUGCUUUGGGUGCAGACACUGAGGCUGAAAAUGAUUGUGGGGAGAAGCCUGCUGACCUUAUUGACCCAGAUAGCAAAGAACUGCUUGAACUCUUUGGGGUCGGUGGUGCCUGAACUUGCCUGACACUAUAAAGUUCUGAUUUCUCUCAUCUGUUAUGGCAGUUGCCACAUUAAAAGGAUGAAACCUGUAAAGGAGUGGAACAGCCACUGUGUAUGCAGUGGAGCUGGUAGUUGAUACACUUGACGGAGUGUCUGGUUAUAAUUGUCUGGUCAUGUGAAUUUGGACCAGUGAUUAGGAUGCGAGAUGCACUUGCCUCCACCAGAAGGAACUGUUCCAGUGUAGAUGACACAGUGUGUUCUUGCUGUAAGCUAAUGAGUCACAACAGAUUUUCUGUAAAUUUGUUAUAGUUAAAACUUUCUAUUUUAAACCAUGUUCUCUUUUUAUAUCUCGAUCAAUGCACUAUGGUAUAAGUUUGAUGAAUAGCUCACUGUGAUUGUAUGGGAUUUUUUUUUUUAUUAAUUUACAUAAAACAUGAAAUUGUUCAGAAAGUCUUAAUUUGAUAAAUGUAUUGAUUCAUGUUUUUAUACCUAUAUAUACAUUAAAAAGACAAUGCUUUCUGUUUUA